CAGCCCUUAGAUUGUGUCAACCAAAAAGUCAAUAGGUAUACUUGACACAGUGACAUGCAGGUGACAUGUAUAGGUUUGAUUAUGUGUCAUAAUUAAUAAGAUUCUUGCAAAAAAAUUAACAGUUAUUGAAAACUGAAUUUUAGUUAAAAUGUCUAUUGAAAAUUUAAAACAAAACAAAACUUUUCGUUGCAGUGCUCGUUUGAAAAUGACAACAGAGGAUAACGGCAACAUUGGAGGAAUUCUAAAGCCCACUUCCAGCAGUAAUGAAGAUCUGAGCGAGUACACUGAUGCCGAUGAAAGCAUUUCGGCGCCUACGGAGUUUCUUGCAGAGAUACUGUUUUUUGCCAUGGCAUCAAAUCGACCACUUUCAAACUUGCAGUUGCAGGAAAUCCUAGAAAGUGAUGAGUUUUUUGAAGACCUUCUGGUAUUUGAUGAUUCAAAUGAGGAAAAUAUUAUACCCGAUUUAAUAAAAAAUCCUGAUGAAACUAGUAUUGAUGGAACCAUUGCGAGUAGGGCCAAUAUUUCACCAACCCUUGUUACUACUGCUACCGACGCAAUCCUAAUUCAUAAUAACGACAUCGAAGAACCUGAAGAAAGUUGCAAUCGCCCAGAUGACGAAAAAAAUUCACCGGAGCUGAUAGAAAAUAACCAUAUUGCUUUAAAUGAGUGUAUCACUGCGAGUGAAAAAACUAUCCAAAUUUCCGAACGAAAUGAUAUUCAUGAGUCCUACCAAAGUGAAUUAUUUGAUGACAUGGUAUACGAGAACUACCAGGAUGGUAUUAUUAUAGUAACUGAACUUGAUACAAACAACGACAAUAAUGAAAUUGAGGUAGAAACAGUGGAAAAUCAAAAUUCAGCCAACACUGUUCAACAAGAAGCUGACAACACUAACAGCGAAGUAGAAACUAUGGAUGAUGAAAAUUUAGCAAACAAUGAAUUAGAAGCUGAGCCUAUGGAAAUUGAGGCAGAAACACAAAGAUACAAAGAAGAAAAGGAUACAAGAAAAAGAAAUAAGAAGUUAAGAGAAAAAGGCUUUUUUGUCAGCAGUAAUGCUAAAGGACUACGUUACAGCACUGAAAUACUGCAAACUAAGCAUCUAAACACAGUUGUAUGUUUUUUUUUAGUUUUGCAGUACGAACCCAACAACGCAACUGCAAAGGAAUUUUACCCGUUAAUAUUGGACAAGCUAAAGCAAAAUAUUACCUUGCCAAAUGGAAAUGGCGGCGAAGAAGGUAGUAGCAACGAUAGUGAAGAUGACGAGAGUGAUGCUAAUAGUUCUUCAGCGUCAGUUUCAGAAAGUAGUGAGGAUAGUAGCGAAGGACGAGAGGAAGGCGAGGAAGAGGAAGAAGAAAUUGAACAAGGGGCAAAUGACAAAGUGUCGAAAGGAUCAUCGGAAGGUGAUGGCACUACAGGCAGUUAUUCCAGCUUAGAAGAUGACGAGGCUGAAAAUGAUCAACUAACGGCCCUAGUAGCCAAAUAUCAGAUCGACAAUGUCAACUUUGGCAAUGGAAACAAAAUUUGUCCGACAACCCACUUCGCUUCGUCAAAUGCAUACCUGAAAGACAAUAUGUACGCAGUGGACAACCACUUCACCGACAACCAAGUGCCGGUACAGAAAACGCACUUCAUGACCAGUUCAGAUUCUGAAUCACCCACCGAACCAUGCCAAACCGUUGCAAUGCUCAGAGCAAGAGUUGUGCCAAACAAUAUAUAAGACUCCCAGAAAAUUUGAACAGAGAAGAAUUUCACUUAUGAUUUCCGAAUUUAGCUGAUGUUGGUACAAAUAUACAAUGCUUCAAAUACAAUAAUUGGCACUCUAUAUUUUAUUGUCUAAUUUUUUUUUUUUUAUAAAUUGCUAGAUAAGUCGACUUUUUCACAUAAGUCUUUUGUACCUAACUUAGAACUGACUUAGUAUAAACUUCCAAAAUUUUUAUAACAAUGACUUAAUUAAUUGGGCUAUAGUUGAGAUUAUUAAAUUCUAAUUUGUAGUUUUGGCAAAUCAAAGUGAAUGCUAGAAAAUAAAUAUGUGAAGUUAUUAACAAAUAAGUAAUGAGGAAACUAUACUAUAAAAAACGUUGACAAAAAAUAUUAAUAAAAUAUAUUUUAAAUAUCUUGUAGGAAUAUAGAAUUUAGAAACUUCCUUAAAAUUGUGUAAUCAGUAAGUGUCUUUAGCGGUACCCUGGAAAUAGAAUAAUUGAAAUACAUAUUUUGUAAUUUAGAAAAUCAACAUCUUGUUAUAACAUGUAUUUAAUCUUGUAUGUCUCGUUAAAUAUAUUUUUAUAUGUUUUGUAGGUAGAUCACUAGUAAGACAAAGACAAAGAUUGGGCGCAUUUGUUACAAAUAAAAACAAAUGUGCGCACACUUUUCUUUUUAGAUGAGAACGUCAUCGACCAAAAAAAAAAAGUAAAAUUAGCGAGAUUUUGUCCCUUUGAACUACAACAAAAAUUAGUGGUAAAGACUGAAUGUUACCGUAGAGAAGAAAAUAUUUCAAUUGACAUAUCUCACAGCAAUUGAGUGAAUUUAGAAACAAAUAAAAACUAAUUAUUUGUAGAAGUGUACCCUUUACCUAAGACUUGUGUGAUUUAUUAACCAGUUAAAGUAUUCAUUUAACUCUUAAAACGUUUGCUAUUCAAUUGGCCAAAUAGAGGUGUAAUUUACACAAUCUGAAUUGAAACACUGCAAAUUCUUUAAAGAAGCAAGUUAUUCAAAAUCAUUCAUCUUUUUCUCAAAUAACUUCAUUUGGAAGUUCGAAAAUAUGAAUUAGUUAGUAUUAAUGUGACGUGUCCCACACUUUAUAGGACUUCCCAUAGAUGUCGAGAUCAGCCCAUUAUAGUUCCAGCUUAUGACUUAUCACUGAAUUCGCAGAUUCAACAAUGCGUGUUCUUAGCACAGCUGAUGGGUUUUCACUGUUUUUAGUAUUCAUAAUAAUACCAUCCAAAAAAAAAGUGGCACGGUGUAAGCUCUGGUGACCUAGGGAGACAACUAUUGAGUCCUCUGCGACUAAUCUUACAGAAGAGUACCUCAUUGAGGAAACCGGAAAUAUACAAAUAGCAAUAGUGGUGGUACUCCAUCUUCAUAACCGUAGCUUUGUUCCAAUCCAUGCCAAACAGUCAUUAAAUUUCGUACUGCUAGGGUUGGUUGGAAUGCUCAGGCUUCACAUGUUCGUGGUUGUCCCCAGAUGAAAUUGCUGUUACCACCUUCCGAUGCUCUAAGCAUCAGGAGGAUCGCAUGCUGCACUGUACUAAUUAUCCAUUUAUCCAGAACCUUACUGCUGUUCAGUCGCGCUAUAUACUAUACAGUGCCUAUCGCAAAGCCAUCUGAGGCACUGAUCCUUACUGUAAUGUCCCCUUAAAUAAAACUUCAGCUCCUUUUAGUCCUUUGGUACGAUAUU